AUGGACUUUGUGGUUGGUCUUUCCAAGACCUUAGGGAAGUUUGAUCCUAUUUGGGUAGUGGAUGAUAGAUUGAAUAAGUCAGCUUAUUUUAUCCCAGUAAGAAUAGAGCAAUUGGCUAAAGUGUAUGUGAAAGAGAUAGCGAGGUAUCAUGGUAACAGGGAUUAUAUCAUCAAGUGGGACUCAAUUGGGUUAGAUAAGGACCUUAAAUAUGAAGACGAAUCGAUUUCUAUUCUUGAUCGGGAUGUGCGCAAGUUGAGGACCAAGGAGAUUAAGUCCAUGAAAGUUCAAUGGAAGCAUCGUCCAAUUAAGAAAUCUACAUGGAAAAUCGAGAAGAUUAUGUGA